GAGAGCUCUGGAGGGGUGGCUACGACAUUGCAUUUAUUCUCUCCCUUGACCAAAGGACUGGUCCACGGUGUUAUUCCACAAAGUGGACAGGCAAACAGUUACUGGGGAAUCAAAAGACAACAUGAAACUGCUCGUCCAUAUGCUUUUGAGCUUGGUCGACUGGUUGGAUGUCCCCAACAGUCUUCAAAAGCAUUAAUUACUUGCAUGCGUGGAAAACCAUAUUCCGAACUUGUUCAAAGAGGGGAGAAUGAUGUGUCUAGUCCCUGGUUCACAUCGGCAUGGGCCCCGGUUAUUGAUGGGUACUAUAUCCUGGAAGAUCCUUUGGAGCUCAUUAGAAGAGGCAAGUUUUGGAAAAUCCCAAUGAUAACAGGGGCUAACAAGGAGGAUGGAUCUGAUGAAUUAAAUGACACUGGAGCGGAGAAUGGCUAUACACGGUCAUACUUGUUAUCUCAGCUUUUUGAGUACAGCCGAAAACGGGAAAAUCACCAAGGUUUUAUGUAUGAUGCAUUUACCCAAGAGUACCACCCAGACCCAUACAAUAAUGUAGAUAGACAUCGAGACAUCUAUAUAGAGUUCAAUACGGAUCACUCAUACACAGCCCCAGCCAUAGAGCACUCCCUUGGCCACUGUAGACAAGUCAACAAUACAUAUUUCUAUAGUUUUGAACAUAGAUCAAUCAACUGUCCAGAGCCAGUGUGGAAAGGUGUUAUACACGGUGCUGAGCUUGACUACAUGUUUGGUAUACCCUUUUUCAAGAAUGAAACGUGUCCAUGGGGAUGUCAUACGACACGCUGGGCAAAACAGAAUUGGACCAACCAGGAUAGAAAUGUUAGUCUUACGAUGAUGACACUUUGGGCAAACUUCAUAAAAAUGGGGUAGGUCUUGGUUUAACACAUACAUCCAUUCACAGGUGGGUUCAAUUGGUAAGUUAAUGUUGCCAAACCUUCGAUGGGGUUGUAAUAUUUAAAGUAUAAAACAUGCUAAGAUGUGUCACCAAAUAUGGUCACAGUGAUCAACACAAUACAACACAACAGAAUAUCUAAAAGCAAAUUUGAUUAAUUUCUGUAUGAUGUACAACAGUAUUUUACUGUUCUGCAAGGAUAUUUUACAUAAUGAAGGAGUAUCUCUCACAUGUACAAUGCAUGGAAUGGACUAAA